GGAGUCUCGCCCACCAACUGCGAUCGCCUUCCCGACUCGCUGAAUCCCAACAAACGUGAACGCCGAUAGUUCCUGGGGCUCAGUGAAGCGAACGCCGGGUGACGAGCCAACAACGCUGGCAAAGCAGAGCGGCCCGUUGCUGCGGAAAUGGCGGCGAUGGCGGCAACGCGACACUCUCUGCAGUGCGAACUGUUUCGCCCGAACGACGAGCGUCUCGUCGACGUCGUCAACGUCGUCGAGGCGACGAAACGCAAGAAGAUGAGCCUCCUGUGCGCCGUCGUGAGCACCGAAAAGCCCGUUCGAGUCUCCCUAUACCAGGUGAAGAGCACCGACAAAGACCUCUACAAGAAGAAACACUGCUGGUCCCUACGGGACUUACGCCUCGUAGACGGCCGCAAGGCGGACAGCGCCGAAUUCGAUUUGCACUUCGAUAAAGUUUACAGAUGGCAAGCCAAGAACAUCCAAGAGCGCAACGACUUUCUGCGCUGCCUAUACCGCUUGUGUGUCCACUAUGUGCCACAGCAACAGCGUCCACGUUUUGAGAACGUGCCCAAGGCGCUGCUGGAAGACGACGGCCGGGCACAGCUUUUGGAGAAGGUGGUCGCUGACGAGGCUGACGACUAUCAAGCGCUGACAGCACGUGAGGAGGCCGACCUGGAGUGCCUGAUGGCCAAGUAUGAAUUUGCCAUUCACAAUGCCGAGGAGUUCACCGAGCAGCUUGCCCGCGAACUGGCCGCACUGGAUGCCUCCAACGUGUACACCAUCAUGGAGUCCGAGCGGCGGGUCCAGAAGCUCAUGGAAAUGACGCAGGUGGCCCUUGACGAGGUGUGCCGCCUCGAGCGCCGCCUGGACGCAUACGAGCACCUGCUGCGCACCGUGCGUGACAGCGUGCUCCGGAUGGAGGAGAAGGAUGCCCUGCUGCACGUGCAGAACGAGAACAAUGUCCGCCUCCUGCACGAGCUGGAGACACUGGUCAAUCAGCUCGACUUGCCGCAUGCGCACCAGGUAGCCCUUCUUAACGGAGACCUGUCUAAUCAGGAUGGAAUCCGCGCCUGCACCACCGCCGCCCGGGCCCUCGAGGAAGCGUGCAGCGCCCAGACUCGCCCGGGCCUGUCCAAGAUGGCCGCCGUCCAGGAGCAGACGAAACUGCUCGAGAAGCUGCGCGACAAGUUCAGCACCACGCUCUCGCACCACCUCAACAAGCUCUUCCUGCGACUGGCCUCGGAGACAAGCCAGUGUGGUGAGGUGACGCUCGUCAAGCACACGGGUUGCCACAAUGAGCUGCGGCCUUACAGCGAGCUGAUGCUGUGGCUCUCGCGGGCACCGGACCCAACGCGCUUCGCUCAGCUGCAGAAGAACUACAUCAACACUAUGAGCAAGCUGUACGAACGGGAGUUGCACAUCUUCUUUGAACAGGCCAAGGACCGGCUCACCUCGAAGCCCAUGACUGGGACGCUGGACCGGCGGCUCUCCAGCGUCCAGCAGGCCGAGACGACCGAGCCGAUGGAGAACCGUUUCGAUGCAGUCCUGGAACGUCUGCUCAGCAUGCUGGAACCCGUCUGCCUGGCCGAGCAACAGUUCUGCGCGGCCUUCUUCGGGCUUGGCUCGGCCCGGCUUCCCGGCUCCGUGAGCAGCCAGCCGGCUGCGGCCGGUGUCGGCUACGCGACGCCCGUGCGAGCCGCCUCGGACGAGGCCCUGGCCUCGGUGCACCGGAAGGAGCGGCAGAUCAACGAGGAGCUGCGGCGCAUGAUGUCGGCCCUCUUCCCGACGCUGGAGGCCAAGCUGCAGAACUUUCUUGAGACGUAUGACAAGCUGGAUGGGGUGUACUCGAUGCACUUGCUGGUGCGCCUCAACCAGCAUGUCAUGUCGGCGCAAGACACCGGUUCUUUCCUGAGCAUGGCCUUCGGCACCGUGGUGGUGCAGGCCAAGCGUAACUUCGACCGAUACAUGGCUGACAAGGUGCGGGCGGUAGAGGAAGCCAAAGCACCAAAGCGCUCCAAGUGUGGCCUGCUGCCUUUCCUCAACCACUUUGAAGAGUUCGCCAAGCAAGCUGAGGCCAUCUUCCGCCAGUCGGAGCGUCGUGCUGAUCUUGACAAGUGGUACACGCGCCUGGUUCGUGCCAUGUUUGACGCCAUUGGCCGCAUUGCCGUUGAGCACCAAAGAACGCCGCCUGAGGUCGUCCGACUAGAGAACUUCCACCAGCUGUACACGCUGCUGUACCAGCUCAAGAUCGGCUGCCUGGAGGCGGAGCGGCGCGAGGCGAAGCAGCGUUACAGCGAAGCACUGCAGGCCUACGUGACGCACUACUUCGGCCGGCCCCUGGAGAAGCUGAACCUGUUCUUCGAGGGAGUCCAGAGCAAAGUGGCCCAGGGGGUCAAGGAGGAGGAAGUGGGCUACCAGCUGGCCUUCAGCAAGCAGGAACUGCGCAAGGUCAUCAAGGAGUAUCCGGGCAAGGAGGUCAAGCGGGGACUCGAGGCCCUGUACCGUAAGGUCGAGAAGCACCUCUCAGACGAGAGCAGCAGCCUCCUGCAGGUGGUGUGGCACUCGAUGCAAGACGAGUUCAUCCGCCAGUACAAGUCACUUGAGGCGCUGGUGCAGCGCUGCUACCCGGGGUCCAUGAUCACCCUCGAGUUCACCAUAGACGACAUCCUCGCCUUCUUUUCGGACAUUGCGCGCUCCCACUGAUGGCCCUUCUUUGUGGGACCCAAUGCCGUGUGCUUUAAGCGGACUC